UUUUUUUCCAAAAUGUACUAUGCUAUGAGUUUGUCUAAUUUAAUAAAAUAUUUCACUGUCCUGAGCUGCUCCUUCUUUUGGACUGUGGAUUAGAUAGCUGUGCACACACAUUUUCUGGAUGUUUUGGGGAAUCCAGCAGGCCAGUAAUCAGAAGCAAGAUAUGCCGUUGUGCCAAGAUAUUGCAAUGAAAAGCAGGCAUCAGGCUUGUCAUUACAGGCAUAGGGCAGAUCAUGGCACUGUGGCUUCUAGACUGCAGCUGACUGUAUGACUGUAGUCUCACUCAGAAAGAGGCAUCCUCUUUCCUAAUAUUCACUGCUUUCUUCUCCAUCUAUAUGUUUGACAUCUCCCCUUUCAUUUCUUCUGUUUAACUUAGAUAUCAUUUCUCUGUCCCACAAACAGUAUUUUGCUUGAACAAAUUCAUGAGGACAGAUUGGUGGGCCUCUCCAUGCACAUCCAGCUGUGAAAAGGGUGAACCUAAAUUAAUUCUGAAAGAACUUUAGAGAUCAAAAGUUGUUUCAUGUAUUCUGGUCUAGUCUUUGUCUGUUUUAUUAUGCUACUAAUUCCCACUUCUACACCAUAGCUAUAUUUGGGCAUAAAAGUCACCUAAGAAUGUUACAGCAGGUCUAUUAUUUACUGAGUUUACUUCUGAUCUUGCCUGAAAGACAAUUAAAGCUGAUUCUAGUCUUGCUCCAUCAACCCUUUUAUUUAUUUUCCUCCCAAAUUCUGUCCAUGUGUUUAUUGGAUCAGUUUAUAAACUCUGCCAUUUACACAUCCCCUGGGGCUAAAUUUACUCUUUAGAGCUAUAGUGAACCUUGCACACUUGUACAAAGUGGCAAAGGGAAAUCAGUAACUGUUUACAAGUCAUAGUCAAGGAGAAUUCAAUAGCCAUGAGCAGUACAAGGUCUUCUGCAAGUUCGCUUGGCCAGAAAAGUAAGUAACAAAUAUUCAUAAAAAGCCAAAAGGUUAAUACGGGAGCCAUGCAAGUGAAUGACACGGUGUUUUAAGAGCAUAUCUACUGGAAGGUUAAUUUUGAGCUAAUUUCAUAUUUUUAAUAUAUUAAAUAAAUACUUCAGCCUGAUAUGCAACCUGACAAAUCCCACAAUAAAGAAGAAUAAUUGGGAAACUUAAGGUUAACUAAAAUUGUCACUUACAAAUUAGAAAGUUCAGAAACAAGCUUUUUUGGUUUUAAUUUUUGUUAGAACUUCGGAAUGCAUGCAUGACAUACUUUAACUUGUUUUAUGUCUUUAUAUGCAAUUAAUGCCACAGUGUUUCCAGUUUUAAGGUGCUCUUUUACUCCUACAACAUUACAGUGGCUUUACAGUAUAUACAAGAUCCUGUUUGCUGCAAAAAUCUAUGAGGUUGUAUAUUCUUUAGAUAUUGUUAAAAAUGUAAACUAGCUUGAGAAACUUAUUCUUAAAUAAAGCUUGUCAGGAAAAUAUUUCUAAACUACAGAGUGGAGACCACAUUAUUUAGGAAAGCCUCACAGACUGCUGAAGUGUUCUGAAUCCUACACUGACAUAUAAAAAUGUUUUAAAUAUUUGUAGUAAUCAUGGCUGAAACUUCAAAAAGGAGACUGGUGAAUCUUACACAUUUCAAAUUGAUUUGCCUUGGCACAAUAAACAGUCUAGAUAGAAUCCUGAUAUCAGCAUGCUAUACAUGUGGCUUUCAACACUUGUUGGAGGAGCACUGGUGCUAUAUGUCUCUCUGAAGAUAUUUUCCCCAUAUUUCUGGGAUGAUCUGCUCUACUUCUUGAGACGGAAGAGGUUAAAAGCGAUAACAAAGAAAAGGGCAAGCAAUGGAAUUCUCUCAAUGAUUGAUCUGUUCAUGCAGAGAGUGGAAAAGAUUCCCCACAAGCCAUUCAUCAUCUACGAAGGGAAGGUGCACACCUACCAAGAUGUGAACAAGAGAAGUAACAGGGUAGCCCAGGUCUUCCUCCACCAUGGUGCUCUGAAAAAGGGUGACACGGUGGCCCUGUUGAUGGGCAAUGAGCCAGACUUCAUCCAUGUGUGGUUUGGACUGGCCAAGCUGGGCUGUGUGGUGGCUUUCCUCAACUUCAACAUCCACUCCAGAUCUCUCCUGCACUGUAUUAAUGAAUGUGCAGCAAAAGCACUGGUGAUAGCAGAAGAUUGUUUACGAUUAAUAGAGAAGGAGUUUAUUUUUCAUCUCAUGGACAAUAAUGUUACUAUCUGGCUGAUAAGCACCAGUUCUCCUUUCCAGCGUGUUGGUACUAUACUGGACAAACUAGACAAGGUCCCUGAUGACCCUGUUCCGUCUCACCUUAGAUCUGUGACUAACCAAGGAAACACAGCUAUGUAUAUGUUCACAUCAGGAAGUACAGGCUUCCCAAAAGCUGCUAUCAUUACUCAUCUAAGAGCCCUAUCUGCCUCCUUAGCCUUUAACCAGUGUGGUGCAGUUUCUCAGGAUAUUAUGUAUCUCACUCUUCCUUUGUACCACAUCAGUGCUUCUCUUCUUGGCAUCGGUGGAUGCAUUCAAUUAGGAGCAACUUGUGUUUUGAAGAAGAAAUUUUCGGCAAGCCAGUUUUGGAAUGACUGCAGAAAACAUAAUGUAACAGUGUUUUUGUAUAUAGGGGAACUUUGUCGUUACCUUUGUAACCAGCCCAGUAAAGAAGAGGACAGAGUUCACCAAGUGCGCCUGGCUCUAGGAAAUGGCAUAAGACCUGCUAUUUGGAAAGAAUUCCUGAUGAGGUUUGGUCCAAUUAAAAUAUUUGAAUUCUAUGGAUCCACAGAAGGAAAUUCUUCUUUCUUAAAUUAUACAAAUAAAAUAGGAGCCGUGGGCCGUGCUGGCAUCUUCUCAAAGUUCCUACAUUCUUUUGAAUUGUUGAAAUAUGAUGUCUGGAAACAGGAACUUAUGAAGGAUGAACAUGGAAGGUGUAAGAAAGCACCUAUAGGUGAACCUGGCCUUCUGGUUGUCCAGGUGACAGAGGAAACCCCAUUUUCUGGAUAUGCUGGAAAUAAAGAAAUCUCAGAGAAAAAACUCCUGCGUAAUGUGUUUGUGAAAGGAGAUGUGUAUUUUGACACGGGAGAUCUCUUGGUGAUGGACCAGAAUGGCUUCCUUUACUUCAGUGACCGGGUGGGAGACACUUUCAGAUGGAAAGGAGAAAAUGUUGCCACUAUAGAAGUCUCUGAGAUCAUUGGGAUGAUGGAUUUUGUUCAAGAAGUUAAUGUUUAUGGCGUAAGCGUAAAAAAUUAUGAAGGAAGAAUAGGGAUGGCAGCUAUUGUGCUUAAGCCUGACCAAUCCCUUGAUGGAGAAAGACUUUACCAGCAUGUUGUGGACUUCCUUCCAAGUUAUGCUCAACCACGCUUUGUGAGAAUCAUGGAUGUUAUGCAAAUUACUGCAACUUUCAAGCAUCAGAAAAUGCACCUGGUGAAUGAAGGAUUUAAUCCAGAAAUUAUAUCUGAACCAUUGUAUUUCCUGCAUGAACCUGCACGUUCCUAUAUUCCUUUGACAAGAGAGAUAUACAAGAAGAUGGUUUCUGGUGAAAUACGUUUAUAAAACAUACAUAUAAAAAUGUUCUACAACACAGAGAAUAAAUUUUAAAUAUACUCCUGCACUUAUUUCAACAGAAGUCAAUAUACUAUAUUUGUUGUAAAAACAUAAAAUAAUCAAAUUAUUCUCAUUGUGACAGGUUGUUUCAGCAUAAUAAGACAGAGUCACAAUUGUUAUGCAUAUUGCUCAAAUUACUUCCACUGCUUGUACAUACAAAUUUGUAUCUUACAUUUCUCAGUGAUUCAAAUUACUAUUUUUGCCAAAGCCACCUGUAGCCUAACUUAGUUGAAUAUCUGACUCCUCAUUCAGCUCUUAAUACUGGUUCUGCUUCUAGAAUGCACAUAUUUGUAAUAAAAUUUUAUAUGAAUAAAGUCAUAGACAUUAAUAAAAUAUAAAAUAGGCAAUCAGAAACAGAAGCAAAAUACUGCACUAGCAAUAUAUGUAGACUUCUGUUCAAUGUUUGUUAAUUAUAGUAUGUAUAUUUAAUUGCAGCAUUUUAUGUUAUGUGUAACUUCAGAUUUUUAUGGGAAAUAAAAAUACAAUGCUAAAA